CCUGACUACUAGCAUAGCGAGACGUCCCGUCCUAGGUAUCACGGUGGUCUUGGGGGAAGGGGGGGUCUAUUCGGCGAGAGGGACAGAAGUAGAGUAUACCUAAGGUAUAGGUACCUAGGUAGUUUUUAGGGACGGAAUACGUAGGUACCUACAAGGUGUAAUGUACAAUACAAGUAUUGUACAGAGUACUUGGCCCCCCCCCACCCCCUGGGCCCCGGGAAUUGGUGGUGGGGCAAAACAAUCAACAAAGCAUCAACCCUUCUUCAUUCAUGUUCUCCCAACUUUCCCAACUUUUACAUCAUGACUUCUCGUUUCACUGCCCAAAAUAAGACGACACAGCAGCGUCUGUCAACCAAUACUGUCGGCUUAGUCGCCCUGUCUGACUUCCGCAAACGACGUGCCGAAGUAAUCGAGCAACAGGAACGCGAAGCACGAGACGCUAUCGUUACUGGAACACCUCUAGACACACCCGAACGUUCGCGCACCAGUACCCCAGACGACGGCAGCGAUAUUUCGAACCCCCGAAAGAAGAAGAAGAAGAAAGAGGAGAAAAAGACUGCCAAAGGACGUGGCACAAAACUUUCAUUUGCUGACGACGAGGGCGAAAAUGAAGGGGACGAGAAUAGUGCCGGAGGAAGAGACGACUCUAAAAGUGGAGAAGAGUCCGGAGAGAAGAAGUUUAAAUUCAAAGCCAAUACUUCCGUGUCCGUCGUUCCUCGCGCGGUAACCAAGUCUGCCCUUCGUCGUGAGGCCACCGAAAGAGAAACCCUCCGGCGCGAGUUUCUCAUGCGGCAGGAGUCUGUGAAGUUGACUGAGAUUGCGAUACCAUUUGUGUUCUACGACGGGACCGAUAUCCCGGGAGGCGUUGUCCGCGUCAAGAAGGGAGACUUCAUAUGGGUAUUCCUGGAUAAGAGUAGAAAAGUUGGUGCUGAUCUGGGCGUUGGUGAAAAGGCGAAUGCUAGGAGAGAAUGGGCACGUGUUGGAGUGGACGAUCUGAUGAUGGUUCGAGGCAACAUCAUAAUUCCCCACCACUAUGACUUCCUCUUCUUCAUCAUGAACAAAACUGUCGGCCCUACCGGCAAGCUGUUAUUUGACUACGUGUCCGAAGUCUCGGAGUCAGUACUGCCUAAAGAUCUCGCAGACGGGCAAGCUGUCAAAGCCUCUAACACGCAGCCGGCUAUAAGCAGUCUAGAGGGAGCUUCUGACGACCCAACCUUCACCAAGGUUGUUGAUCGGAGAUGGUAUGAGCGGAAUAAGCACAUUUACCCUGCCAGCGUCUGGCAGGAGUUCGACCCGGAGAAGGAUUAUCAGAAAGAAGUGAGACGUGACCUUGGCGGGAAUGCUUUCUUUUAUUCUUGAGCAGCCGCAAGCAUUCCAAUCUGGUCACGGGCCUGACAUUUUCCUACACGGUACUGGGGACCGGGAUCGAACCGUACU